CAUGUUUGAACGGUUCGGUUCCUUUUACAAUUUACAAGUUUGCAACUCGUAAAACAACCACCUUUUAAUUUCACGUUCACCGUCGAUCACCACGAAUCUCCCCCACAAACCUCCCGCUACUAAUUAAAUAAACAACUUAUACGAGUAUUACUUUGACUAUACACACAUACAGAAAAUAAAAUUAAAAGGGAAGAAAAAAAAAUGCAUAAAACAGCGCAAUCGUGGUUCAGCGGAGGUCCAAGCAGCCAAACAAACAGCGAUCUAUCGAAACAAACACCAUCAGUUUUAGCUGAUUGGAACGCUUAUGCUGCUUCUUCACAGUCUGAUCAGGAUCUAGAUUCUUCCGCUCUCGGUUUCGAUAUCGAAUCCGCUGUUCGAACUGCUAAUGAUAAGGUUUCCGGCACUUUCAAUGUAGUUUCACAGGGUGUGAGGGGCAUACCCGGGAAUUUACAGUCUGCCACGAGCAAUGUACCAAGCGGACAAUCUUUUGUGACUUUUGGUGCACUUCUUGCUGUUGGGGUGUUCCUUGUCUUCAUUGCGAUCACUGUGUUUCUACCAGUUAUGGUACUUGUGCCUCAGAAGUUUGCUAUAUGUUUCACUAUUGGCUGUGCCCUCAUAAUCGCUUCAUUUUUUGCUCUUAAAGGAUAUAGAACUCAGUUUGCUCAUAUGACAUCUAAAGAGAGACUCCCUAUUACUUUGGGAUUUAUUGGCAGCAUGGUCGGUACCAUUUAUGUAUCAAUGGUGCUUCACAGCUAUGUUCUGUCCGUGUUCUUCUCUAUAUUACAGGUCAUCUCACUGUCAUACUAUGCAAUUUCCUACUUUCCUGGAGGGUCUGCUGGUGUUAAAAUCUUCACUUCUGCCAUCACGUCUUCAAUUCUGAGAUGCUUUGGGAGGUGAUCUUGGUUAUUAGAUGUCUAACUUCUACUCCGGUCAGAUCUUACCCCAUAUCCUUUAAACGCCUCUACUAGACAUUUGAUAUUAUAUGAUAUUUUCAUUCUUUUGUGAAUUUUAUUUUUCUGUACCUUUUUCGGCGCACAGAAUAGAUGUUAACAUUGGGGCAACUGUAGAGAUACUUUCAUAGUCUUGGACUGAUACCUCGUUUCAGAAUGAUUAUUUUAUGUAUCACCUCGUCAUUUCCAGACAUGGACACAACA